GAGGGGAAGGAAGCAAACGAGAGGAGAAAGUGGAAGCAAGAGAGUGUCAGUGAAAGAAGGCAGACUGACUGCACAGAAAAGGCGCUCGGCAAACAGCGCGCACUCAUUGAGUCAGUUAUAUUCAGAACACGGACGGCUGGUGCAUUUGAGCUCAAGAAAACAGUUUUCAGUGCAGAGGGACAGGACAGAGACAGACAGAAACAGAGGAAGUGGAUUGAAAAGAGGAGAGGAGAGGUUCUUUGUGGAGAGAUGGACUCAGAUUCUGGGGAUCAGAGUGAAGGAGAGCUCUCUCCAGGGCAAGAGAGCUUCAACUCCAAGAGUUUGGCCCUUCAGGCCCAAAAGAAGAUCUUGAGUAAAAUGGCCACCAUGGCCGUGGCAAACCUCCUCACAGACGACACCAGCAGCGAGAUUCUGGACGAACUCUACAAGGCCAGUCGUGAAUACACCAAGAGCAAAAAGGAAGCCCACAAGAUCAUCAAAGAUGUCAUCAAGAUUGCGCUGAAAAUUGGCAUUCUCUACCGAAACCACCAGUUCAGCUCUGAUGAGAUGGAGACCGUUGAGCGCUUCAAAAAGAAGAUGAACCAGGCGGCCAUGACGGUGGUGAGCUUUUACGAGGUGGAGUACACGUUCGACCGCGGCAUUCUUUCUGAGCUGCUGAUGGAAUGUAGGGACCUUCUCCACGAGCUGGUGGAGCACCACUUGACCAUGCGCUCCCACGGGCGAAUCGACCAUGUUUUCAACCAUUUCGCAGACGUGGAUUUCCUGACCGAGCUGUACGGCCCAUCUGAAGAAUACAGACUUAACCUGAGGAAGAUCUGCGACGGGAUAAACAAACUCCUUGAUGAAGGCACACUUUAACCUCCAGUUCACAGUUCGUCAGAUGAGACUCCAUCAGGCUGCUGGGAUGCGAACUGAGUGAUUUUACACAACUUGUGUUUUUUGGUUUUGGUUUGAAAUAUAGGCUGUCAUGAUAACUUGAUGAUGUGAUUGUAACCCAACCUGUAGGGAUGGUCACCUAGAAGCAGAUUAAAGUCAAAUCCUGGUCUGUAUUGUCAACGUACUGGAUGAUUGUUUGAGGAAAAUCGGUUUAAGUGGAAACCCUGAAUGAAUCGACGUCCCGACAACCUACCCUUUGUGUGCAAUUGCAGGAACGUUUUAAAUUACGAGCUCCUUUAUAUGCACUGUAUGAAAUUUGACCUACCUAUCUAUCCUUUAAGAAUGGCCUAGCAAUGCAACCCUAGCUCUCUUCUGUAUGUCUUUAAGAACCAGUUAAGAUGUCCAGUUAAUCUACUAGAAAGCUAAAGGGAUAUAGUUCCACAAAAUAAACAGUCUGUCGUCAUUUACUCACCCUCAUGAUGUUCCAAACCUGUAUGGCUUUAUUUUUAUUGUGAAACACAAAUGAGGUACUUAGCAUAAUCUUUCAAGGUGUUCUUUUCUGUAAAAUGAAAUCAAUGGUAACAAAAAAGUAAAUGUACCAUAAAAAUAAUCCACUGAAAUUUGUAUUUCAGUAUUCACUGAUAAUUUCCCCUUCUGACAACAUAUUUUUCAUCAUACUAAAAUUGGUAAAACUCAAUCAGUUACGAAAGAUGCAGAAAAACAAUGUAAUUUGGUAUUAUUAAUGGCAAACCUGACCCUUGACCCACAACCUAUUUGAAUGUGGAAAUGAAUGACUUUAAAGGUGCAGUGUGUACAUUUUAGCGGCAUCUAGCGGUGAGGUUGCGAAUUGCUCAGUCCACCGCUCACCCCUCCAUUUCGAAGCACAUAGAGAAGCUACGGUGUCCGACGCAGGACAAAGAUGUCGUAGUCUGAGACAGAAGAGAGUAGCCAGUCAAGCAAUGAGGUUUCUUCUUACUUCUAACAAAGAACGAUCUCUGCUUCUAAUAAACCAGAAGACUACUACUACUACUUCUUCUUCAUGCGUAUUCAAUGUAGUGAUGAUGCAAGCUGCCUCUAAAACACCAUCAAAGAAGAAGAACAACAUAGUGAUAAAACACGCUCUGUAGAGCAGUUUGUCCAUUUAGGGCUACUGUAGAAACAUGCCAGCGCAAAAUGGCGACUUAACAUGUAAAGGGACCCAAGGUGUAUGUAGAUAGAAAUGGCUCAUUCUAAGAUAAUAAAAACAUAACGGUUUUCAGUGGUAUGUAAAGACCUUACAUAAUGAACCGUUAUGUAUAUUAUAUUGCAUUUCUGUCAAUAGAUCCUCCUAAAAUUUACACACUGCACCUUUAAAUAUAUCAUUAGGUCGUUUUGAAGUCCAACCCCAUUCACUUUCUUGUAUGGAAAACAUCACCUCUAAAUCAUACAGGUUUGAAACAAAACAAGGCAAGUAAAUGAUGACGGAAUUUAUAUAUUUUUGGAUGAACUAUCCCUUUAAGAUUGCAAAAGCAUUUAGAGUUCAAUAAAUAUAUGGCGCAAACCUUUGUUGAACAGAGCAUUCGCCAAAAAUAAACACAACUGAAGUGCAGCAGAAAGAUUGUAAAUAAACUUUGGGGUUUUGGUCUCUCUGGCUUUUGCCUUUGUAAUGACUCAGUGUCAUAGCAGCUCCCAUGAUCCUGUGCUUGGUUUUUCCAGAUCCUGAUGUUUCAGAGCAUGUAAAUGUGUGUAUACAUGCAGGAAAGAAAUGUGAUUAUUCCAUAAUCCUGUUCAGUAACCCCGGAGUGUAGCACUAUUAGCUGUCAUUAAACGAUCCAUAUGAA